UAUACUUUUUUGCGAGUAAGAGAAACAAAUUACCUCCCGGCCCAACUGGCUUGCCGAUUGUAGGUUAUUUACCAUUUGUAGGUACUGAACCAUAUAAAACUUUUGCGGCACUUGCCAAGAAAUACGGAAAUGUGUUCGGGUUUUGCAAGUAAAAACGGUCCAGUAUGGUUAGAACAAAGAAGAGCGACCAUGAAAGCUAUGAAAGAUAUUGGACUUGGAAGGACAAGAUGGGAAGAAUUAGUACAGGAAGAAGUCAAUGAUUUGGUGAAAUUGAUGCAGGAAGAGCCUGGACGACCCGUGGAUAUGUCUGAGUUCUUCGCCUCCACUUUUGCUAACAACAUUAUGACAUUAGUGUUGGGGACCCGACUACCUCUCGGACAUCCGUCUACAGUUGCAGUGAGCCAGUUCGUCGAUUUGACAAUGAGAUCGUUUACCCAAGUUGCAGUUGGUACCUUUUUCCCAUGGUUGAUCAAACUACUCGGGAAAUUUGGAGCUUACAAAGACAGCAUACCUGUGAAAAAAUUAACUGAAUUCAACCAGUUAAUAAUGAACAGGAGCGAGAAAGAAAGCGAAGACAACUACAUCGACAAAUACUACAAUGAAAUUAAACUGAAUAUGAAAAACAAAAUGAAAACCAGCUUCACAGAAUCCCAUCUGCGUGGCAACACUCAAAUCCUUCUAAUCGGAGGUACCGAGACAUCAAGGACCAGUCUUAUAUACCUGCUGAUGGCAAUGGCACAAUUUCCAGAGAUACAGAAAAAAGUGCACGAAGAACUAGACCAAGUGCUCGGAAAGGACGGGUGCAUCAAAUGGGCAGAUCGGGGAAAAGUACCCUACACUUACGCAGUUCUCAUGAGUUCUCGUGCUGAGCCGCCAUGUCAGUCAUGCUUGGCCUCUCAGGUCUCCAAAUCUCAAUCCGUGAGAUUAUUGGUUGUUGGCUCACCUGAAUUUGUACUGACUAAUCAUGGUCGUUUCCCAGCUUAUUUUAAUCGGUUCCAUCUACAGAAUAAUGAUAAAUGCUUAAUAUGUGACAGGGUAAGCGAAGACAUAAAAAUACACGGCUAUGACAUACCAAAAGGCUCUUACAUCAUAGCUAAUGACUGGUUUCUCCACAACAAUCCUAAAUACUGGUCCGAACCGGAGAAAUUCAUUCCAGAGCGUUUCUUGUUGGAUGACGGAACGCAAGUCAACUAUAAGCCGGACAGCUACAAUCCAUUUUCAUACGGCAAAAGAAACUGUCCUGGUGAAAUGGUGGCUCUGAUAACAUUGCUUCAUUACUUCACUACCAUUAUGCAGAAAUUUAGUGUUCUACCUGAAAGAGACAAAGUAGAAUAUGGAACAAUUCUAGGCCUCACUCACCAACCAACGGAUGUGAAACUUCGUUUCAUUCCAAGAGAUUAAAUCUUACAACGAACCGUGAAAAUGAGGGAAUGAAGAAGACUUAACGAUAAAAAGGAGGUUACUCAUCCUCGUGUUUCUAAUCCCAAAUAUACACUGAAGAUUAAUAUUUUUUAAGUCAUUCAUAAAUGCCAAAAUUGGUCUCAAUAAACUUUUAGCGGUUAGGUUCCAGUACUAUUUGAAUGCAAUACAUUUUUGGAACCAUAUGUAUGUUUACUGCAUGACAGAAUAAAAAUUCUUCAGGACACUGAA